AUGGUGCCGCAUGCCGGUGCCACCUCACCGUCCGCGGUCAGAGUCGAAGACUGGUCUGCGGCCAGCGGCAAAGCCUCCAAGCAACUCGGUGCCGGUGUGGGCAUCGGCAAAAGCAGCGGCAGAAGUGGCAGCAAGGGGCGCUCGAAUAGCAGAACUGAUUUGCGACCGGAGGUGCCGGAUACACCUGCCGUCCCUACACCUAGCCGCCAAAGUCUUCAGAGUGAGGUAGAGAUUGACAGCGAAAUUGCCCGAUUGCGUGCAGAAAAUGAUCGCCUGCGCCAGCUACUGGAGAACGGUGAUGGGGCUCCCUGGACAUCCGUGUUGUUCCUGGAGCUUGAACGGGAAAGCUAUGAGCAGCAGCGCAUCCUCUGCUUAAAGCGGGAGCUGUGCAUGGCACUUCAACGGCGACGCAGACUAGAGCAAGCUGUCCGUGCUGGGCAUGCCAGCCUGGAGCGUGCACUUUAUGGUGCGUUGAGUCAAGAGGGGGCAUCCUUGCAGACUCUGGAGCAAGCCUUCGUAGAUGGUACGGCUGCAGCUGAGUCUGAUCUUGCAGAGGAGGCGAUGCUCCUCGAUGCAGACGCCGCGCCCAAGCAACCUGGGCGACGUGCCCCAAGCCCAGCACACACUCCAAGUUCGGCUUCUGCAGCAGGUCCAGCUACAAAGGCCACGAGUUCACGCAGACGCUUGGAAGCCACAGAGAUUUACCAGCUUGAGGAGUCUGCGUUCCAGGCGGCAACUUCACUGAUGGCCUUUGCGGAGGCCUCCGGCGAAGCCUGGGCUGAUCAGCUGGCUCAGCGACUUCAGACGGUGAGCUGGCAGCUGCUUCGGGCCCGGGAGCUCCCCGUCACGAGUGCAGACGUCGAUGCAUCGACGGCCGCAGUUCGCAGGCGGCUUUGGAGAUUCAUGACUGGCCGUUCACUGGCGAAGUGCAGGGAUCAGCCAUCAGAAGCUGCUCUUUCUGGCCCCGAUAUGGUUGCUACUCCAGUUCGGCUACCACUGUGUUUGCUCCGCGCUCUGCAAGAUAUGGUUGAGGUCGCGAGCGGUGAGAAGGAGCUGCGGACAGAGGUGGAGCAAGCCGUCGCGAGCAUGCUGGAGCUAGCGGUGCCGUGUGGAAUCUUCACGGACGAGCUCCGUGUGCAGGCAAUGAUGGAGGAUGCUUCCACGAUCCGCAAGGCCGUGGUGCAAGCCCAGGAGCUCCACAAGGCAGGCGGCUUGCAGGACGUGCACCAGAUGGUGCGCUGGAUUGCCACGAAGGAGGAUCACGCCCAGAAGAUCAUGACAACCACAGCCGACUACUUCCUUGCACAGAAGGUUAAGAAGGCAGACCUCAGCGAAGACGACUAUCUCAAGCGACUUGCGCUUCACCAUGAUGUCAUGGUCGCAGCCAUGAAGGCCAAGCAGUCCUCGGAGCUUGGCCCCGUUGACACCUUGGACAAGGCAAUUGAGGCCCUGGCGCCGAUCUACAAGAAGUGA